AUGGUCACGCCCGUCAAGCCUACAGAUCGGGCAUGGGUGUGGUACAUUGGCUAUUUCCGUGGCCAAGUUGAGUUUCUUUCUUUCCUUCCUUUUUUCGUUCUCUCUUUUUUUUUCUUUUUUUUCUUUGCAGGAGUAAUCCCUUGUGAAAGCUUCAGUAGCUGGCAUGAUAGGUCAGCCUGAAGGUUUUAGAGAUGCAAGAAAUGAACCACCCAUAUCCAAUAGGACUGUGGGAACGGGUAUAAGUUCACAUGCGAGAAGUAAGCUCCUGUGCUCGUACUCGAGUAUGGUACGGCAGACUUACGAGUACUCGCACAAUACGGUACUUGUACCUAAUACCACCACAACCCCGCCUCUGAGACUUCCGGAAAGGUACUCGAGCACAGUACCAAGUGCGGUAUGCCAGUCUAAGACCUACUUGCACCCGAGUAGACAAUGAA